UGUAUGUAUUUAAAUCCAUCUUGCUGAGUACUGAGCGAAUAGCGAAUAUUAAAUUACUGUCUACUGAUACUAUAUUGUAAUUCGCGUAGAAUCAAACGACUAUUAAGUAUAUAGGAACCAUUUUGGUAAUUUGGUGUUCGUAACGUCCGUUUUGUUCUUGCUCGUUAGUCAAUACUUGUGAACUUCUUACAUUUGCGUACGUUGAUCAUUAGUUAAAGUGAAUGUUCAUUGCAACAGUCUUCGAUUGUAAACAUAAAACAUUUUAAAGUGUGCAUAUUGAUAUUGUAUUAAUUUAAAAUUAAUAUUCGAUCCAAUAUUAUUAUGGCUGAAAUAAAGAAGCAUUUGUACGUCCAAAAAAGAGAUGGCAGUAUUGAGAGUGUUCACUACGAUGAAAUAAUUGCACGUAUUAAACAGUUAUGUUAUGGCCUGGAAAAAAUUGAUCCAGCUGCUACUGCAAUUCAUGUAAUCAAAAAAUGUCUUUAUACUGGCAUUACUACAUCUCAACUUGAUGAUGCAGCUGCUGAAAUGGCAAUUACUAUGGCUACUAUUCAUCCUGAUUAUGAAAAACUAGCAGCUCGUAUUGCUAUUUCUAAUUUGCAUAAACAAACUAAAGAGAAAUUUAGCGAUGUGAUGAAUAAUAUUUACAAAAAUGAUGAUUAUUGGAAUAUUGGUUUAUCAGAUGAUAUUUAUGAAAUUAUCAUGAAAAAUAAAGAUCAAUUAAACGAGGCAAUUAAUUAUGAAAAUGAUUAUAACUUGGACUACUUUGGAUUAAAAUACUUAACCCAACAUUUUUUAGUUAAGUCUGAAAAUCAAACUAUAGAACGGCCUCAACAUUUGUUUAUGAAAGUAUCUGUAGGUAUUCAUGGAGAUGAUAUUCAGUCAGCUAUUGAAACAUACAAAAUGUUAUCUGAAAAGUUAUGUAUGUUUUCUCCUGUGGUUAUGCAAUUGCAGCCAGCUGCUAGAAAAUUAAAUGUAUCAGUUAUAAGUCAUUAUUCAAUAGCAAUGAUGGCAGAUAGCAUUGAUGGUAUUUAUGAUACUCUUAACCGUUUGUCAACAUUUAUUUUACCUUAUUCAAGUACUGCUGUCCAUGUGCACAAAAUACGUGCUGCAGGCACUUAUAUUAAAGGCAGCAAUGGAAAAUCUAGUGGUCUUCCUCUUAUGUUGAAGCAAUUUGAUUCCAUGGUCCAUAAAACAGAAACAUUAGAAAGGCCCAAGAGUAUUAGAGGCAUAGCAAUUUAUUGUGAAUUAUGGCAUGCAGAUAUAAUGAAAGUUAUUGACCAAAUUAGAAAGACUACUAUUGCAGAUAUUAAAUUAAAAAACAGUCAUUUAGCUUUAUGGAUACCUGAUGAAUUCAUGAGAAGAGUUCAAAAUGAUCAAAUGUGGAGCUUUAUGAGUCCUGAUCAUUGUCCUGGUCUUAUAGAAGUUCACGGAGAAGAAUUUGAUAAACUUUAUAGAGAGUAUGAAUUGAAAAAUAAAAGUUUUGUUAUAAGACAAAUUGAAGCAAGGAAGUUAUGGUCACAAAUUAUUCAAUCUCAGAUUGAAACGGGCUUACCACUUUUAUUAUUUAAAGAUGCGUGUAAUGCUAAAAGUAAUGAAUCUCAUUUGGGAACAAUUCAGUGUGCUGGUAGAAAUGGAGAUACUGUACAAUUUACUGCAUCUGAUGAAGUGGCCACAUGCACUUCAGCUUCUAUUUCAGUAGAUAUGUUUUUAACAUCAGAAAAUGUUUUUGAUUUUUCUAAACUUAAGAAAAUAGCAAAAAAAGUAACUUAUGAUUUAAAUAAAAUAAUUGAAAACAAUAAUACUAUAUUUAAUGAGGAAGAACGAUUGAAAUUUGGUUUAAAACAAAAUCAAUUAGCCAUUGGAAUUGGUAUCCAAGGAUUAGCAGAUCUAUUCAUUAAAAUGAGAUUUCCUUUUGAUAAUAAAGAAGCUAGAGAUCUUAAUAUAAAAAUCCAUGAAACUAUUUAUUAUGGUGCUUUAGAAGCAAGCUGUGAACUAGCUGCUAAAAAUGGACCAUAUAAAACUUAUUCAAAUAGUCCUACUAGUAAAGGGUUAUUACAAUUUGAUUUGUGGAAUGUAAAACCCUCUAAUUUAUGGGAUUGGAAUAGUCUAAAAGCAAAAAUUUCGCAACAUGGACUACGGAAUUCUCUGGUUACAGUUACUUCAAAUACCGAAAUUGAGUCUGCAAUUUUUGGAAAUGUGAAUUCAAUUGAACCAUUAGACACCAAUAUUAAAAUUAGAUAUAUUUCAUUGGGAGAAAGUAAACCAAAAAAAAUUCAGGUUGUUAAUCCAUACUUAUUAAAAGAUUUACACGAUCGUAACCUCUGGGAUGAGAAUAUAAUAUCUGAAUUGGUGAAUAAUAUGGGCUCAGUACAGGAAAUCAAAUGCUUGCCAGAAGAUUUAAAACAAUUGUACAGAACAAAAUGGGAAAUUGAUCAAAAAGCUUUGGUAGUUAUGGCCGCUCAACGUGCUCCAUUUAUUGAUCAAUCACAGGCUUUUUCUCUUAAUAUGGUCAAAGCAAAUGAAGAAAUAAUUUCUGAAAUGCACAUAUCAACAUGGAAAAUGGGUUUAAAAACUGGGGUAUGUCAAUUAAGGAUUAAGCAAACUGAAGAGGAUCUAAGAGAUUAAUAAUUUCUGUAAAUAUUAUGUUUUUUUUUUUUAUUAUUAUUAUUAUUUUAUUUAAAAAUUAAAUGUG